AUGCCAGAGCCAGCUAAAAAAGCAGUUUCAGCAUUUGCCAAGAAGCCGAAAACCCGGGAGGCAGAGGAGGGGUCCUCUGUGGUCUUUGAAGCAGAGACAGAGAAGCCCGAUGCUAAAGUAAAAUGGCAGUGCAACACGAAGGAUAUUGUCAGUGGCAACAAGUACGAGGUCACAGCCCAAGGAAACAAACACUCCCUCACCAUAAAAGCCGUCACCAUGGAGGAUGCCAAUGUGUAUGCGGUGAUUGCUGGCGGGUCAAAGGUCAAGUUUGAGCUGAAGGUCAUAGCAAAGCAAGCACCCCCGAAAGUGGCAGUGAAAGACACACCAGCUCCAGCUGAGGCCCCUGCUGAGGGAACAGGGGAGCCAGCUGUACCCAAGGAGCAGGACCCCGCCCCGCCUGCAGCGGAGCCCACACCCCCAGCAGAGGAGACCGCUGCCCCAGCGCAGACUGCUCCUCCAGCUGAGGAUGGACAGCUUCCAGACACCAGACAGGACCUCACUGGCCUCUUCACAGAGAAACCCCAAAGUGGAGAAGUCACAGUGGGUGAAAACAUCACAUUUGUUGCUAAAGUGAAUUCUGCAACAUUGCUAAAGAAACCCACCAUCAAAUGGUUCAAAGGGAAGUGGAUGGACCUAGCUAGCAAGUCUGGAAAACACCUGCAGCUAAAGGAACUCUAUGACCGCAACAGUAAAGUCUACACCUUUGAGAUGCAUAUCAUCGCUGCUAAGGCUAACUUUGCUGGAGCUUACAGGUGUGAGGUUUCAUCUCGGGACAAGUUUGACAGCUGUAAUUUUGACUUGGCGGUACAUGAGGCUUGUGCUGUUGAAGGUUUCGACAUAAGGACAGCUUUUAGGCGCACUAGCACAGAUGGAAAUGAGGACUCAGGAGAACUGGACUUCAGCACCUUGUUAAAGAAGAGAGCCACGCAGGCGAAUGCAGGACCUGAGGUGGAUGUGUGGGAUAUUCUCCAGAAAGCUCCUGCUUCAGAAUAUGAGAAGAUUGCUUUCCAGUAUGGCAUUACAGAUCUGCGAGGCAUGCUCAAGAGACUGAAGAAGAUGAAGAAAGAGGAGAAGAAAAGUGAAGCUUUCCUCAAAAAGCUGGAUCCUGCCUACCAAGUGGAGAAGGGGCAUAAAAUUAAACUGGCUAUUGAGGUGGCCAAUCCAGAUGCUGAGGUGAAAUGGCUGAAGAACGGACAGGAAAUUCAGCCGACUGGAAGCAAGUACAUCUUUGAGAGCGUUGGAAACAUGCGCUACCUCACCAUCAAUCACUGCUCCUUGGCAGAUGAUGCAGCAUACAGCUGUGUAGUGGGAGAUGAGAAGUGCACUACUGAACUCUUUGUUAAAGAACCUCCUGUCCAGAUCCUGAAGAACCUAGAGGAUCAAAUGGUCAUGAAGGGUGAGCGAGUGGAGUUUGAGUGUGAGGUGUCCGAGGAAGGAGCCCAUGUGAAAUGGGAGAAAGAUGGAGUGGAGCUGGCAAGAGAUGAAUCCUUCAAGUAUCGCUUCAAGAAGGAUGGCUGCAAACAUGUAUUGAUAAUUAAUGAGGCCACAAAAGAAGACUGUGGCAACUACAAGAUUAAAACAAAUGGCGGCGAGUCUGUGGCUGAGCUCAUGGUGCAGGAGAAGGAACUUGAGGUCUACCAGAGCAUUGCCGACCUCACAGUAAAGGCAAAAGAUCAGGCGGUCUUCAAGUGUGAGGUGUCAGAUGAGAAUGUGAAAGGCACCUGGUUCAAGAACGGAGUUGAAGUGAAGCCUGAUGCCAGAACCCAAAUCACGCAUAUUGGCAGGAUCCACAAGCUGACCAUCGACGAUGUAAAGCCUGAGGAUGAGGGAGACUACACUUUUGUACCAGACGGCUAUGCUUUCAACCUCUCUGCCAAACUCAAUUUCAUGGAGGUGAAGAUUGAUUUUGUGCCACGCCAAGAUCCUCCUAAGAUCCAUCUGGACUGUAUGGGUCGCACCGCUGACUCCACUAUUGUGGUGGUGGCUGGCAACAAACUGCGUCUGGAUGUCCCUAUCACUGGAGACCCGGCCCCCACAGUGGUCUGGACCAAAGGAGAGAAGAUGGUCACAGAGGGCGACGGCAGGGUCCACGUGGAGAGUACCAAAGGCCACUGUAUCUUCACCAUUGAGGGGGCUGAGAGACAGGAUGAGGGAAUCUAUUCUGUUGUGGUUCGCAAUCCUGCUGGAGAAGAUACUGCCGACAUCAAUGUGAAGGUUGUUGAUGUUCCAGAUCCUCCGCAGGCUCCCAGGAUCAUCAGUGUCGGAGAAGAUUCCUGUGUGGUCCAGUGGGAUCCCCCUCUGUUUGAUGGUGGACAGCCAGUUAUUGGCUAUGUGCUGGAGAGGAAGAAGAAGAAGAGCUUCAGGUGGAUGAGGCUGAACUUUGACCCUUACCCUAACACGACCUAUGAAGCCAGGCGGAUGAUCGAGGGGGUGGCAUAUGAGAUGCGAGUCUAUGCUGUCAACUCCAUCGGCAUGUCUCGUCACAGUCCUGCCUCGCAACCUUUUGUGCCAGUUGCCCCAACAAGCGAGCCCAUUGGACUGUGUGUCGAUGACAUCAGUGACACCUCCAUCUCUCUGAAGUGGAGGGCCCCUGAGAGGCUGGGCUCCUCUGAACUUGACGGAUAUGGAGUUGAAUACUGCAAGGAAGGCUCGGAUGAAUGGAUUCCCGCCUUUGAGGGUUUGACAGAGAGGACGUCUGUGAUCAUCAAAGACCUCACCACUGGAGACAAGCUGCAGUUCCGUGUGCGGGCCUACAACAUGGCGGGGCCAAGCGCCCCCGCCACCUUGCCACAGGCCAUCACCAUCAGGGAGAUUAUGCAGCGUCCUAAAAUUUGGGUUCCCAGAAACCUCCGUCAGACUCUGAUCAAGAAAGUCGGAGAGACUAUCAACCUUGUGAUACCAUUCCAGGGUAAACCCAGACCGCAGGUCACCUGGACUAAAGACGGGGAGCCUCUGAACCCCACCAUGGUCAGCGUGAGGAACAGCGACACAGACACCAUCCUGUUCAUCCGCAAGUCCGACAGAAAACACUCUGGGAAGUAUGAGCUCCAUGUGCAGAUAGAGAACGUGGCGGACACAGCCAGCGUGACAAUCCAGAUUGUUGAUCUCCCUGGGCCCCCUGAGGCCCUGAAGAUCAUGGACAUCUGGGGCUUCAAUGUGGCACUGGAGUGGAAGCCCCCCAAGGACAGCGGCAACUGUGAGAUCACAGGUUACACCAUUCAGAAAGCCGACAAGAAGACCAUGGAGUGGUUCACGGUCUAUGAGCUGUACAGGAGGACCAACUGCGUGGUGUCUGAUCUCAUUAUGGGGAAUGAGUACUUCUUCCGUGUCUUUGCCACCAACCUGGUGGGCCUGAGCCAGGACCCCUGCAACACAAAAGACAGCGCAUUCAUCCAGAAAACAGGUAUGGCAUACAAGCCACCCAGCUACAAGGAGCACGACUUCUCAGAGGCCCCCAAGUUCACACACCCUUUGGUGAACCGGUCAAUCAUAGCAGGAUACAAUGCCACCCUCAGCUGCUCAGUCAGGGGCAUACCAAAGCCUAAAGUGACGUGGUACAAAAACAAGAUGGACAUCUCAAAUGAAGCCAAGUACCGCAUGUUCAGUAAGCAAGGAGUCCUGACCCUGGAGAUUCGUAAGCCCUGUCCCUUUGACGGAGGAGUGUACAUGUGCAAAGCCGUCAACGCCAGUGGGGAAGACAUCGUGGAGUGCAAACUGGAGGUUCGCCCUCAAAUCAUUAAAGAGGAGAAGAAGUAAAAGGUCAAAGAUGCUGAGAA